AGUGGAACAGUGUCGUGGAACAGUAAUGGAGGAACUGGGUGGUGGAACAGUGGAACUGAUAGUGGAAUAGUGUGGUGGAACAGUGUUGGUGGAACAGUGUGGUGGAACAGUGGAACAGUGACAGUGAAACAGUGUUAGUGCAACAGUGUGGUGGAACAGUGCGACAGUGAAGGUGGAACAGUGGAACAGUGAUAGUGGAACAGUGUGGUGAAACAGUUAAACAGUGAUGGUGGAACAGUGUUGGUGGAACAGGGUGGUGGAACAGUGCGACAGUGAAGGUGGAACAGUGUGUUGGAACUGUGGAACAGUGAUGGUGGAACAGCGUGGUGGAACAGUGGAACAGUGAAGGUGAAACAGUGGAACAGUGUUGGUGAAACAGUGCAACAGUGAUUGUGGAACAGUGGAACAGUAUUGGUGGAAAAGUGUGGUGGAACAGUACAACCGUGAUGGUGGAACAGUGUUAGUGGAACAGUUUGGUGAAACAGUGCGACAGUGAAGGUGGAAGAGUGGAACUGCGUGGUGGAACAGUGAAACAUUGUCGGUGUAACAGUGAAACAUGUACAGUGAUCGUGGAACAGUGAUGGUGGAACUGUUUGGUGCAACAGUGGAACAGUGAUGGUGGAAUAGUGUAGUGGAACAGUGGAACAGUGAUGGUGGAAUAGUGUGGUGGAACAGUGGAACAGUGAUGGUGGAACAGUGAUAGUGGAACAGUGUUGUGGAAUAGUGAACCAGUGAUAGUGGAACAGUGUGGUGGAACAGUGGAACAGUGUUGGUGGAACAGUGGAACAGUGUUGGUGGAACAGUGUGGUGGAACACUGUUGGUGGAACAGUGUGGUAGAUCAGUGCAACAGUGAUGGUGGAACAGUGUGGUAGAACAGUGCGACAGUGAAGCUGGAAUAGUGUGGUGGAACAGUGGAACAGUUAUGGUAGAUUAGUGUGGGUGGAACAGUGUUGGUGGAACAGUGGAACAGUGAUAGUAGAACAGUGUUGUGGAACAGUGAUGGUGGAACAGUAUUGGUGGAACAGUGAAACAGUGAUAGUGGAACAGUGGAACAGUGUUGGUGGAACAGUGGAACACUGAUGGUGGAACAGUGUGGUGGAACAGUGGAGCACUGAUGGUGGAACAGUGUUGGUGGAGAGCGGUUUAAACCAAUGCAGUUCCGGUGCAGACCGGAUUCACUGGUUUCGUGUGGACGCAAGGUCGAUUCGUGUAAAAAAAGUAUGCGGUCUUAAAAAUAUCAGGAUUUGUGUGGAAGUAGCCUAAAUUACGUCCACAAUUAACAAUGCACGCGAGCUACUUUAUCUAUGCCUAAAAGUAGCACGCAGCAGUUAUGUCAAUAAGGUUUCGUGAAUAACCAGAGUUUUAAACGUGUCUAAAAGCACUGUACCUUCAACAAUAGCUGUAAGGCCGGAGUGAUGGGUAUAGAAUCGAGAGGGCGACCCGUUAAAGCGCGCCCGAUCUCCAGUAAGGGAUUCCCUAGUGUAACACCGCCAUUUUUUAUUUGUGUUGGUCACAUCAUAAUCAAAGCGGGCGUACGUAUUCUCCCCUGGGUGAGCUGUCUCACAGAAUUCACCCAACUUAGCUUGAAGGUCUGUAAGAGAACGUACAAAAAACAUUCAGUCAGGGUUGUAAGAAUGCGCCGGCUACCUUGAGUGUUUCGCCGGCUGGAAAUUGUUAGACGAAACGAAAACAAUGGAAGAUUAAAAUAUUGUAAAAAGAGAAAAUAGAAAAAAGAAAAAGAAAUCGUUUUAACCGUGCCCUGCAUGAUCGUUUUGUGAUUUUAAACGGGUUUCGAAUCCGCUCUCGCUUAGUUCUUCCCGUCGCCGUAGUAAGAUACAAUAAAGCGAAUAAAAAUAGCGUAGAUGUAUGUAAAAGGGUAUGCUUACAUUGUCUUUACAUAAUCUUUCGUGAAGAAUGAAGAAUAAAAGAUACGCAGAAGUUUUAAAAAAUCUCUUUUUAAGAAAUUUGUAUGCAUUGGUGUUCCCAGGUGGGGGAACAAAUAUCACUAGGGAUACGUGUUUCCAAGGUAAGGGAACACAUAUCACUAGGGAUAUGUGUUUCCCAGGUAGGGGAACACAUAUCACUAGGGAUAUGUGUUUCCCAAAUAGGGGAACAUAUGUCACUAGGGAUACGUGUUUCCCAGGUAGGGGAACAUAUAUCACUCGGAAUACGUGUUUCCCGGGUAGGGGAACACAUAUCACUAGCGAUACAUGUUUCCAAGGUGGAGGAACACAUAUCACUAGGGAUAUGUGUUUCCCAGGUGAGGGAACACAUAUCACUAGGGAUAUGUGUUUCUUAGGUGGGGGAACACAUAUCACUAGGGAUAUGUGUUUCCCAGGUAGGGGAACAUAUAUCACUAGGGAUACAUGUUUCCUAGAUAGGGGAACACAAAUCACUAGGGAUACGUGUUUCCCAGGUAGGGGAACAUAUAUCACUAGGGAUAUGUGUUUCCCAGGUAGGGGAACAUAUAUCACUAGGGAUACGUGUUUCCCAGAGAGGAGAACACAAAUCACUAGGCAUACGUGUUUCCCAGGUAGGGAAACAUAUAUCACUAGGGAUAUGUGUUUCCCAGGUAGGGGAACAUAUAUCACUAAGUAUAUGUGUUUCCCAGGUAGGGGAACACAUGUCACUAGGGAUAUGCGUUUCCCAGGUGGGGGAACACAUAUCACCAAGGAUAUGUGUUUCCCAGGUAGGGGAACAUAUAUCAUUAUGAGUCUUUUCACUAAGAGAACAAAAGCGACUUCCAACAUGUGGUUUGCACCAAAACGUGGUAAAACAAACGGUUCUCAAUUCUCUCCUCACGUUUCGACGCCUUUGAUCUAUACCUAAACUAGGAAUGACUAACGAUCUUCAAUGUUUCAACAAGGUGGAACAGUGUGGCGGAACAAUGGAACAGUGAUGGUGGAACUGUGUGGUGGAAAAGUGGAACAGUGGUAGUGGAACAGUGGAAAAGUGUGGUGAAACAGUCAAACAGUCAUAGUGGAACAGUCGAACAGUGAUGGUACAAAAUGGGUGGUAGAACAGUAGAACAGUGAUGGUGGAACAGUGUCGUUAAACAAUGGAACAGUGAUGAUGGAACUGUCUGGUGGAACAAUGGAACACUGAUGAAACAACACUGUGGUAGUCCAGUGGAACAGUAAUGGUGGAACAGUGUGGUGGAACAGUGAAACAGUGAUAGUGGAAAAGAAUUGUGGAACAGUGAUGGUGGAACAGUAUGGUGGAACAAUAGAACAGUCAUGGUGGAACAGUGUGGUGGAAGAGUAAAACAGUGAUGGUGGAACAGUGUAGUGGAGCAGUGGAACAGUGUUGGUGGAACAGUGUGGUGCAACAGUGGAAAAGUGAUAGUGGAACAGUGAAACAGUGUAGUGGAACAGUGGAAUAGUCAUGUUGGAACAGUGUGAUGGAACAGUCGAACAGUGAUAGUGGAACAGUGUGGUGAAAGAGUGAAACAGUGAAACAAUGAUAGGGGAACUGUCGAACAGUGAUGGUGGAACAGUGUCGUGAAACAGUGCAAAAGUAAUGAAGGAACAGUGUGGUGAGACAGUGGAACAGUGAUGGUGGAAAAGUGUGGUGGAACAGUGAAACGGUGAUGGUGGAACAGUGGAAGAGUGUUGGUGGAACAGUGUGAUGAAAAAGUGGAACAGUGAUGGUGGAACAGUAGAACAGUGUGGUGAAACAGAGGAACAGUGAUGGCGGAACAGUGGGUGGUAGAGUGGAACAGUUUGGUGGAACAGUGGAACAGUGUCGUGGAACAGUAAUGGAGGAACUGGGUGGUGGAACAGUGGAACUGAUAGUGGAAUAG